UGGUUGAGCGAGAAAUGAAAAGACCGGGUAAUCCUGAGCCGUUAGCUAACUGCUUCGAACUCUCAGUAAUUCUUAAUGACAUAACCCACAGUAUUCUCCAGUCCCUCUCUGAUGAAAACCUGAAACCUGACUCUGGUUUCCGAUUUUUUCUGAUGAUUAAAAUGCAUUACAAAAAACUGCUUCUUCAUCAUCCCAAUGCUAUAAAUCUUAGUGUUGGUGUCUUUCACAGGGAAACCAAAUCUACCCAUUUUUUCUCUAUGGUGGUAUCUUUCUAACUGUUAAAGUUAUUGAUUUUUUUAUUUUAUUUUUAUUUCUUCUCUUUUGAUUAUAGAAGAAGUAACAAUUUGCUUAUAAAAAUUGGGUUUUCACGAUAUAAUAUUUGAUUUAUGCACAUGUAAGAAAGAAACCUGAAGAGGGGGGAAACCGCUUAUAUUUUUUAAAUGUCCGUAAUGAGCAUAUUUUUAUUAAAAUAAUAUUAUAAUUAGCUUAUAAAAAUGGUAAAGGCUUUUAUUCUACGUGUUUUAGGAAUCUCGAAACUUAAACUGGGUUUUUUCUUUGGAGGAGAAAUAAAGUCGGUGAUGAUGGGUAUUCAUCUUGUUCUUGGAGCCAUUCCUUGCUCCAUUUUGAGGCAAUUUUUAUAUAUUUAUUUCAUUCCUUCUUCUGUGCUUCUAAAUUCUAAUGUUGACCCUAUAAAGGAGGCAUUGAUUUGUCUCGAAUGGAACUUUGUCAAAUUUGCCCUUUGGUCGACAUCAUGUUUCAUGUAAUUAAAUUUCUCAUUAUAAGAGAAUCAAGACAGAUUUUUAUUAUUUCAUUUUUAUAAUGUAAUUGUUUAAUUUAGUGAGAAUGUGUAAGCUCCUCUUCAAGCUUUCUGCUUUAUAUUUUAUGAUCUAGAUAGCAUAAAAUGUUAUGUGGUUGGCUUUUGCUUAUUUUUAAUCUCGAGAUUGGGAACAUUGGGAUCCAAAUUUAGGUAAGCAAUGUUCCAUUUCUCAAGAUAUUGAUUUUUCUUACUUUUUCAUAUUGUUGAGCAGUCAUCAAGAUAACAAAGAAGAGCAACAAACUGAACUGAACAAGUGUCAAGAAAAAGGCUUGUUCUUUGAGCUUUAUAUUCUUUCCUUAAACAAGAGAAAUCUUUAAUAGUAAGAAUUUCUGUUUAGCACAUCACAACCAAAAAAUGUUGGGUUAUUGCUGUGUUCCAUCAUCAAAGCUGCCACCAUCUCACCACGACAAGAUUCUGUCAUCUUCAUUCUUUAGUAAUGCAGUGGGAAUUGGGCAAUGCAACAGUGCAAUUUCUGGUAUUCGGUUCGGAAAACUCGACAUUUCUAGGAGGAAAUGUUCCGCAACCAAAAGAUGUUCCACCUCUGCUGUUCUAGCUGAUGUUACCAAAGACUUCAUGGCUUUCCGGGCGAACAUUUAUCCGAAACAAGAGGCAGAUCCCAAGACUGUUGCCUCUAUCAUUUUAGGGGGUGGAGCUGGAACACGGCUCUUUCCCCUUACUGGAACAAGGGCCAAGCCAGCUGUUCCCAUUGGGGGAUGUUAUAGGCUGAUCGAUGUCCCAAUGAGUAACUGCAUCAAUAGUGGGAUUAACAAGAUUUACAUCCUCACCCAGUUCAAUUCUCAAUCUCUAAACCGCCACAUUUCUCGGACUUAUAAUUCGGGCAAUGGUGUGACCUUCGGUGAUGGGUUUGUUGAGGUAUUAGCAGCUACACAAACAUCAGGUGAAUCCGGAAAGAAGUGGUUCCAGGGUACAGCAGAUGCUGUAAGACAGUUCAUAUGGUUGUUUGAGGAUGCUAAACACAGAUAUAUUGAGAACAUUCUGAUAUUAUCUGGCGAUCAUCUAUACCGAAUGGAUUACAUGGACUUCUUGCAGAAGCACAUUAAUUCUGGUGCUGACAUAUCUGUUUCAUGUCUCCCUGUGGAUGAAAGUCGUGCCUCUGAUUUUGGAUUGCUGAAGAUUGAUGAAAAUGGACAGAUUAGGCAGUUCCUAGAGAAACCUAAGGGUGAAAGUUUGAGGUCAAUGGUAGUCGAUACAACUCUUCUCGGAUUAACAGCUCAAGAUGCAAAGAAAACACCAUACAUUGCAUCAAUGGGUAUAUAUUUAUUCAAGACAGAUGUUCUACUGAAACUACUCAGGUGGCAUUAUCCAGAAGCCAAUGAUUUUGGAUCUGAAAUCAUUCCAAUGGCUAUGAAAGAUUACAAUGUUAAGGCAUACUUGUUUGAUGGCUAUUGGGAAGAUAUUGGAACCAUAAAAUCCUUUUUUGAUGCAAAUUUGGCCCUCACAGAUAAGCCCCCCAAGUUUCACUUCUAUGAUCCCCUAAAGCCAAUUUUCACCUCUCCUCGGUAUCUACCUCCAUCAAGAAUAGAGCAGUGCCGGGUCGUGGACUCCAUAAUUUCACAUGGCUGCUUCUUGAGAGAAUGCAGUGUCAAACAUUCCAUCGUGGGAAUUCGCUCAAGAUUGGAAUAUGGGGUGGAGCUGAAGGAUACAUUGAUGAUGGGUGCUGACCAUUACCAAACUGAAGCAGAAAUAGCAUCCUGUAUAUCAGAGGGCAAUAUUCCAUUAGGCAUUGGCAGAAAUACUAAAAUCAUGAAUUGUAUAAUAGACACAAAUACAAGAAUUGGAAAAAAUGUUGUCAUUGCAAACAAGGAUAAUGUGGAAGAGGCAAAUAGACCAUCUGAGGGAUUCUAUAUUCGAUCAGGAAUUACUGUAGUGGUAAAAAAUGCUGUAAUUAAGGAUGGAACAAUAAUUUAGUACUUUUCUUUAUCAGCGAGAAAAAUAUGAAUAAGUUGUUGGUGAGGUUGAUUUAUUGGAAGAUGCAGUGUAAAUUAUUCCAUUAAUUUGUUUUUUAGAAUUUUAUUUUGCCAAAUGAUAAUAUUACGGAAUAUAAAUAGUGGGGCAAUUUAGUCUUAUAUUAUUUGAAUAUGAGUAAAUAAGUACAAUUAUCUAUUUCUAUUUUCAUUAAA